GGAGUCUUAUUGUGAAGGGCUUGACAGAUGGGCUCGUGUGUGAUCAGCUGUUGGCCGCUCAGUCUGGCCCUGCUCGGGUUAACGGCUGGUUCUGGUUCUGGAUCAGGUCUGGCUCUGUCUGACUGCUGGUUCUGGUUCCGGACCGGAAUGUAAGGUUCGGGUUUAAACUUUCGGUGGAUUCGCGGCUCCUUCCCGGACACUGACCCGGUUCUUCCCGGUCGGCUCCCCGUCGGUGUGUUCGGACCCAGAGUCCCGGGAAAGAUGCGGGUUCUGGUUCUGGUUCUGGUCUGUGUGAACCUCCAGAGGUGCCGGGCGCUCCCCAGCAGGCUGCCCGCCCUCAGCGCCUCCUCCCCCGGCCAGCCGUCGCUGCUGGACUACGACCGGCUGGACGAGGAGCUCGGCGGAGGGAACUGGACCGGAGCGGCGGAGCGCUGCGGACCGUGCGAGCCGGACCUGUGCCCGGAGACCCGCGGCUGCCGGGCCGGUCUGGUCCCAGACCCCUGCGGCUGCUGUCUGGAGUGUGGAAACCUGGAGGGACAAGCCUGCGACCCGGGAGACCGGAGCCGGUUCUACGGGCUCUGCGGCUCCGGGCUGCGGUGUGAGGCGGAGCGGCGACCCGCUGGAGGAGCACCGGGACCGGAGGAGGAGGAGGAGGAGGAGGCGGUGUGUGUGUGUGAGGAGCAGCAGCCGGUCUGCGGGUCGGAUGGAACCACCUACAUGAACAUGUGUCGGUUCCGGGAGGUCGCGUUCUCCAAACCGGACCUGGAGAGCAGAGAGAGGAGCCCCUGUAGGACAGUUCCGGUCAUCAAGGUUCCUCCUCAGAACCAGGUGAACGGGUCAGGCAGCAGUCUGGUGUUCCUCUGUGAGGUCUUUGCAUUUCCAAUGGCGCUGGUCGAGUGGAGGAAGGAGGGACGAGAUGUCGUCCUGCCUGGAGACGACCCCCACAUCUCUGUCCAGUCGCGGGGCGGGCCUCUUAAAUUCGAGCUGUCCAGUUGGCUGCAGAUCGAAGGGGCGGAGCCUGGAGACUCAGGAACCUAUCACUGCACAGCUCACAACAGCCUGGGAUCAGUCUCCGCCUCCGCCGUCCUGGGAGUCCUGGAAGCAGAGGAGCUGUCGUCCUACUUGGCCAACAGUGUGUCUGAGAUGAAGCAGCUGAUGGAGGCCACAGACUACAACCAGGACUUUUACUGAUGCUCAUGUGACAUCACUUCCUCCAUCCAGCAGUCAGGUGACAUCACUUCCUCCAUUCGGCAGCCAUUACAGGGGUCAGGUGAUGAACUGAACAGACUCUUGGGUGAUGAACCCUGAAAUCUGAAUUAUUCUCUUUGUACGCAUCAUUACGGUGACAUCACUCGGCGUUGUGACUUGGAGACUCGGCAUGUUGAACGUGUUGUUGACGUCACAGGUUCGAGCUCCUUUCAGCUCAUCGGUGUGAAACUUUUUCAUAUUUUAAUAAUAAUAAAAGUAAAAAGAACAAACUGACAAAUCUA